UUGCUCUGCUUUGGGAUUAUCCUCCAAUGAAUCCAUCUGAGAUUAUCUCACCACUAACUUCUCACUCAUUACAACCAAUCUUCUUCCUCCCUCUUCCCUCUUCCCUCUUCCCUCUCUCUUUCUUGACUCUAUCACACCUUUCCAUCUCGUCGUCUCAUUGUCACUUACUUCUACAACUCUUUCAAUGACUCUCUUUUCAAAUUGAUGGAUUAUCACCACAAGGGAAAUUUGCAACAUAAAAAGAAGCAUUCGACGUCCAUUCGUUUCUUAAAUUGAUCUGAGCCUUUUUUGGAAGGAUACUUCUAUAAGAUUGAGUGAAUCCUACAACCCUCUUAAGGAUUGCCAACUUCAGCAUCGACUCUUCUAUAUUUACAAACACACACGACGCACUACAUUCUACAUUCUACACACUGCACACUACCGACUACACACUACACGCUAUCGAAAAACUUUGGACAAAAUGCUUCCUACUUUCGCUUUAUCGGCUGCGACGGCAGUCCUACUCAGUUCCUCAAGGGUUAAUGCUGAGAUAGAAUUAAAUCUAGAUGACGAUACUUCGAUAAAGAAUGCGGCUGCGACAAUCGCAUACGAUAUGAUGACAUACUAUAAGGGAAAUCAAUCGGGAGGAAUACCUGGAGUUUUACCUGGACCUCCACCAAAUCCUUCUUGGGGUUACUAUUGGUGGGAAUCCGGUGCAAUGUGGGGGUCUCUUAUCGAUUAUUGGUACUAUACUGGCGAUUCCUCAUACAACGAUGAUGCGAUGGCGGGUAUCCAAUGGCAAACUGGGGCAAAUAACGAUAUGAUGCCUGCGAAUUGGUCACAAUCUAUGGGAAAUGAUGAUCAAGGAUUUUGGGGAAUGACAGCUAUGACUGCUGCGGAAACGAAAUUCCCGGAUCCUCCUUCGGACAGACCAGGUUGGUUGGCUUUGGCUCAAGCAGUUUUCAACACUCAAGCAGUGAGAAUUGAUAAUGCUACUUGUGGUGGAGGUUUACGUUGGCAAGUUUAUCCAUAUCUUACGGGUUACAAUUAUAAAAACUCUAUCGCAAAUGGAUGUUUCUUCAAUAUUGGGGCGCGACUCGCAAGAUACACCAACAACGAAACAUACGCCCAAUAUGCUGAGGAAACAUGGAAUUGGGUCACAAGUGUCGGAUACAUGGACAAAGAUUAUAACAUUUAUGAUGGUGCCCACGUUGAAGAGAAUUGUACGGAUAUUAACAAGGUUCAAUUCUCUUACAACUCGGGGGUCUAUCUACUCGGUGCAGCUACCAUGUAUAAUCAUACAAACGGCUCCGCAAUUUGGAAAGAACGUGUCGAUGGACUUCUCAAUGCUACAUUUAAAAACUUCUUCCCUACCGGUGAUAUCGCCUACGAAAUUGCAUGCGAAGCAAAACUUUCAUGUACAACUGAUAUGUUUUCCUUCAAGGCAUUCCUCACUCGUUGGUUGGCCGGAACCACAAAAAUGGCCCCUUACACUUAUGAUCUAAUCAUGCCAUAUUUAAAAGCAUCUGCAGUCGCAGCAGCAAAACAAUGUUCAGGUCCGAGUCCAUUUGAUGGUAGAACGUGUGGAUUAAGUUGGAGCAAAGGAACAGAUUGGGAUGGAACCUCUGGUGUAGGACAACAAAUGGCAGCCAUGAGUGCUAUUUUUGUAAAUCUCGUUCAACACACCCUAGCUCCGGUUACGAACAGUACAGGUGGAACUAGUGUGGGAAAUAGUGCGGCGGGUAGUGGGAGCACGACGAGUUUGGAUGCCGUCAAACCGCCAUCUACAGGGGAUAGGGUAGGAGCUGGAAUGGUUACGACUGUAGUUCUGGUGGGAAUGACAGGAAUGUUUGGGUGGAUGAGUUUGUAAAUUGGAAGGAAAAGGAAGGUGGGAGGGUCGCGAGAUGGAUAGGGGAGAGGAGAGAGGACAACGAAAUAAGAACGAGGAAGGAAAAAUUAUGAAAUGGAGUCGGGGGAUUAAUUUUUAUUUUCUUUCUUUACGUGAAUAUGGAAGGAUAUGGGAUAAGGUUUUUAAGCGUACAACUACUGCUGGGUUGGUGUGAUUGAUGGGAAAGGAUGGAUAUGACAUGAGAUGUUGAGUUGGUGGUUGCAGUACUGGCUAUGAAGUCUUGCAUGCAUUGUUUUUGCGUGCAUAUACCCCAUACAUUGCUUUACUAAAAGAUAUACACAGAGAGGAUGAAUCGGCGAUGAAGAGUCGGUGAUGAGAAUGAAUGGAUUGGAUGGGAUUGGAUGAAUAAAUGAGAUUUUUAAAAAUAUAUCAUUUUGAU